UUCGCAAUGGCUCAGUGACGCCCUCGGAGGACAUAGCCAUGAGCAGCAAGGUCGCGGCAGCCACCCCGGCCCCCUCGCCGCCCGCCUCCCUGGCCCACCCGUGCCCCCCGCUGGGUGAAGCCCGCUUGCCGGAGGAGCAGGAGGCCGUGACCACCUUCUGCAUGCUGAUCCCCAAGAUUCCCCAGUGGAAGUUCUCCAGCGCCUCCGGCUUCCUGAGCCGCAGCCCUUCCAGCGCCAGCAAGGACCUGUCAUCCCCGGCUAAACCCGGGGGCCCUGGAGAGGCAGGGGGUUCCUCCUCCGGCCUGGCUGCUGUCCUGAGCGCCUGUGAGCCUGUCUGCCACUCUCCUUGUUCUCUGCAGGUGAUGAACCGGUUCCGAGGAGGGGGAGGGAGGAAGGCGGCUCGGGUCGAGGGGGUCAAACUGGCCGGAGAGGAAUGGAACCGGAAAGGUAGCUUCAUCAAUAAACCGGCGCAGGGCUGGCUCCAUCCGGACGAACGGGUCCUGGGACCAGGGGUCUCCUACAUCGUCAGGUACAUGGGCUGCAUUGAAGUGCUGCGCUCCAUGAGAUCUCUUGACUUUAACACCCGGACGCAGGUUACCAGGGAAGCCAUCAACAGACUGUACGAGGCGGUGCCUGGGGUCAAAGGGGCCUGGAAGAAGAAGGCACCCAACAAAGCCCUCUUCUCCAUCCUGGGCAAGAACAACCUGCGCUUUGCUGGCAUGAGCAUCACGGUCAACAUCUCCAUCGACGGGCUCAACCUCAUGAUCCCCACCACCCGGCAGAUCAUUGCCAACCACCACAUGCAGUCCAUCUCCUUCGCCUCGGGGGGAGACACGGACAUGACAGACUACGUGGCCUAUGUGGCAAAGGAUCCCAUUAACCAAAGAGCCUGCCACAUCCUGGAGUGCUGUGACGGGCUGGCUCAGAGCAUCAUCAACACGGUGGGACAGGCCUUCGAGCUGCGCUUCAAGCAGUAUCUGCACAGCCCCCCCAAGGUGGUGGUGCCGCCGGACAGGGUAAUGGGGGCCGAGGAAUCCGCGUGGGGCGACGAAGAGGAGACGGCCGAACACGAUUACUACAACAGCAUCCCGGGGAAGGAGCCUCCCCUGGGGGGACUCGUCGACUCCCGGCUCAGGCACGGGACGUUGCUGGGCCACGUGCACUCCCAGCCCUCCUGCGCCGGUCACUUCAGCCAGGUUGGAUUUCCUGCCAGAAGAGACCAGAACAGCCACCCGGGCUCCCACUGGGACGGCGACGCUCCCGGCCAGUCCUGCGACGGCUACCUCCAGGCAGACAGCCAGCCCCUCGGAUGCCGUGACUACGAGGAGCACAUGUACGUCAACACGCAGUGCCUGGACGGCUGGGAGCACGAGGCGAGCCCCCCCAAGGAUCUCUUUGACAUGAGGCCUUUCGAAGACGCCCUAAAGCUGCACGAGUCCACGGUGGCUGGUGGGGCCAGCCCUCCCCCUGAGGACCAGUGGCCCAGCCCGCCCACCCGGAAGGCUCCCAUCGCCCCCACGGAAGAGCAGCUGAAACGGGAGCCCUGGUACCACGGGAAGAUGAGCCGGCGAGACGCCGAGAAGCUGCUGCAGAUGGACGGGGACUUCCUGGUGAGGGACAGCAUCACCAACCCCGGGCAGUACGUCCUGACGGGCAUGAACAGCGGGCAGCCCAAGCACCUCCUGCUGGUGGAUCCCGAGGGCGUGGUGAGGACCAAGGACGUCCUGUUCGAGAGCAUCAGCCACCUGAUCAACUACCACCUGCAGAACGAGCAGCCCAUCGUGGCAGCGGAGAGCGAGCUGCACCUGAGGCAGGUGGUGAAGAGGAAGCAGUGACGGCUGGACUUGCUACAUCCCCUCUUUCCCUCUUAGCUGCAGGCUGCUGCCACAACCCACGCCGACUUUUUCACUCUUCCUCCUGUCCCGGGAUGGAGGCGAUGUAUUUAUUCUACACGUGCCGAUGAAACUCCGACUGGGACGUUAGCACGGCUCUCCCCACCAUCCCCAGCAAGGAGCCCGGAGGACACAAACGGAGCUCAGCUCUUUGCUGCGUACGUCCCACCAGGAGCACACAUACAACAGAUCAAACCUACCCCCGACUUCUUAGACUAGUAGUUAAUUAAAGCAAAUGAAUUGUGAGCAGGGAGCCGUGCUCGGGAGCUGCUUGUAACCCCGCCUGGGCCUGGACUGUGGUCUACUGCCUAAGCGUGGCGCUGGGUGCCAGGACACCUGAGCUCUUUGCCUCCACCUCUGCUGCUGACUGGCUGGGUGACCGUGGGCAAGUUGCUUCGCCGCUCUGUGCCUCAGUUUCCCCAUCUGUAAAAUGGGGAGGAUGAUAUUGACCUACCUACCUCGCAGGGGGUGCUGUGGGGAGGAGUUAGCUAAAGCUGGUGUGGCCUUCUUAGUGCUAAAUAGCAUCCAGCUCAGCGGUUAGGUUUAGUCACUGCUAGAGACCAUCAGAGGGGUAGGGAACCCCCUUUGGAGGUAUAAUUGGGUGUGUCAGGAGGUGUCAGAAGCACAAGGCCCCAUUCCCGUCUGCAAGGAGAAUAGGAGCCUCUUCCCCAUCUCACAAAACCUCCCAAGCCAACCCAUUACGCUAACAGCUGCUUAGACUCCACUUUGCAGCCAUGAGGGGACAAUCUUGUAAUUACGUUAUCUGGCUGAGAUGGCCCGUCAUUAGAGAAACAACGUCAGAUCUUAUCAGCACUCUGCUUAUUGAAUCAGGACCGGAAGACAGAGGUUUGGACCUUGGGAGAGAGGACAAAGAGCGACACAAGGGAGGGUUUGGCCGUCCCACCGCUGGGACGCAUCUCUCCUCCUGCACAGCUACCCAGGAGGUGACUGGGUGUCCACUUGGCUUCUGCCAUGCUUCAGAGCCUCAGCCAGGCUCCUAGUACCUAGCCUGAGUCAUGGCACUGCCCCUCCGCUCUGGCUGGGGUAGCCAGGUGCCUGCUUCCUUUGGAUGGUGGAAGAUGGGACCUUCCCCAGAGCCUAAGCGUUGGAGACUCACCAAGCACCUGCUAUGCAAAGCUCACAGCUCCUCCUAGGCCACCUGCUCCCAAGUGGCAUCGGUGCAGGAGAUGCCAGAGUCCUCUUCCAGCAGGGGUCCCUACUCUUUGGAAGCUCCCAUCUCCUCCAGUCCCACCCCAGAAUGGAAAGGUACCUUCUCCAGCAAGGUGGGUCUUGCUCUUCUCAGGCACACGGGUCCGUGUCACUUUGUAGCGGGAUUUUACAGGUUACUGGGCGCUGAGCAUCCAUCAGCUGGGACCCACGGUGAGAUGUCCACUGAACGGCUGCAGCCUUUUAAACGCUACACAGCGAUUGUCUCUCCAGCGCGCCGGCAUUCGGGGGAGCGUCUGACACGCA